GUGAUGCAGAAAAAAUGAAGUUGAUGAUUAUACUAAUAUAUAGUUGAUUUUCAGUGGGGGUACUAUUGCUGGUCUUUCUUGGGAUCAUCACUGAGUACGUUCGAUGCAAAGGGAAGAGAAAAGCGACGACUUCUAUAUGGUCCCAGGAAUGUUUAUAAGAAACUUGCACUGAUCUGGGUAAGGCCUACUUAUGUUCAAUGCAUAUGCUGAACAGAUCUGGUGGGGGUACUAUUACUGGUCUUUCUCUGGGAUCAUCACUGAGUACGUUGGAUGCAAAGGUUCAUGCAUUCUCUGUUUGUGAUGACCCUGAUUACUUUUAUGACUUUGUUCAAGGCCUACUUGAUGGACUUGAUGCAUAUGUUGAAAUAUGUGGUAUAUAACAGAUCUGGGGAAGGCUUACUUAUGUUCAAUGCAUAUGUUGAACAGAUCUAGGGAAAUCGUUUACAAGCAGUCAUAUUUGGUAAAGAUAUCGAUCUGCGCGAUGAUACAUUGCAGGUUUUUCAAUCUUAUUAUAUAGGCAAUGCAUAUGUCAAAACAAUAGAUCCAAAACACAAAAUCGAAUUACAUAAAUAUCAAUGGAUCAUCAAUUCGAGGACAAUUAUUGAAAAUGUUGAAGAUGACGAACCAGUGCUAAAGGCUCCAGAGUAUAAUAUCAUCCCUUUUAAUGAGUUUGAUGCUUAUAAGGAUACAGAUUCUGAAAUAGAGAUUCUAGCUAUUGCAAUCCAAAUGAUGUCACCCAGAGAAGUCAACACUGUUAAUGGAAAGACAACAGUUCAAGAUAUACAACUUAUUGAUGAGAGCCUGAAACCUUUAACUUUAACAAUGUGGGCUCGAUUUGUUCAUGACGAAUGUCAACAAAUUUCAAACAUCAUUGCAACAAAACCAAUAAUUCUUGGAAUGCGAACUAAAGUUGGUUCUUAUAAUGGUCUAUCUUUAUCAUCACAAGUGACAAGCGUGUUUACCAUCAAUCCUCUUUUAGCAGCUGUGGUUUCGUUACGUACAUGGGCAACCCAAAAUGAUGCAUUACUAGAAGAAAUCACUGUCAAGGGUUUCAAUACAUCAACAGGAUCGAGUUCAAGCAAUGUCAUGCAGACAAUAACAAAAAUUUCUGAAAUUGCUGAAAUUUUAGAUUCUACAGAGGCAAUGACGAAAUCAACAUUCACAGUUAAAGCAAAAUUUUUAUUACUCGACUUGCAUCAGCCGUUCUACUAUAUGUCCUAUGUCAACUGCAAUAAAGCGACUGGAUAUGAUUAUAAUGAAAAAUUCUCGUGUUACAAUUGCAAAAAUAUGAGAAUCGGACAGCCACGUUCUCGAGCAUAUUUGGAAAUAGAAGAUGACACAGGAUGCAUAGCAGUUGUUUCCUUUGGAUUGGUAGCAGAAGAAAUUCUGAAUUUUGCAGCAGUUCAUCUAUUAGAGCACACAGGCGAGGUAAUAAAUCUCUUUAUAAAUUUUUUUAAAAAAACAUAUUACAUUAUGUUCUAUAUUUUUUCAUUAUUACAGGAACACCUACCAUAUUUAGCAAACAUUGCAAGUGCAAUUUUAGAAAAAAAAUGGACUAUACACUUACGCGCAGAGAUGAAUCAAUAUGGACAAUUACGACAGAACAAGCUCAAUGUUCUCUCUGUCGAAUUUAUAAAUUAAGCUACGCUAUAUAUACUCUAAAUAUCUUUUUGUUAAACUUAUCAUUUUUAUUAUUAUACCUUUAAAUAGAACAGUGACAUGUAUGUAUAGUUCAUAUAUGUAUAAUUAUAUACUUAAAUGAGACACUAUUUUGUAUAUAAACUUUAAGUUUGCUUGUUUACUUUUGAACUCUGUUAUAAUUAUAUACAUAAAUAUGAUACUAACUUGUAUGUAAAGAAAUUUGUGGAAUUGGACGUGUAA